CUCAUCCGAACUUUUAUUUGGGUCGUGUUUAUCAUGUUUAUCGUAUUCUUAUAACAAGAACAACUCCAGUUUGCAGGUUAUGGUUUACCGCUUUCAACUAUACAGAACAUGUCCUAUCCCUAACAAACACCCAAUUAGAUAAUCUAGGACAGUUGACCAACAUGGAGUUCGUCACAGCCCUUCAGGGCAACUUCGACGAUCAGAAGCCGUCGUUGUUUGAGCUUCUUUCAGAGCAACAACUUAACACGCUUCUGCCACCGACAUUAAGAUACCUCCUCACAGUCGCCACUCACCGGUACCCACGCUACCUACUACGUGCUCUUAAUUCCUUCGAUGAACUCUACGCUAUCACAAUGCUCAUCGUCGAGCGGUAUUACUUAAAAACCCGCGGCGGUAGCUUCACCGAGCACUUCUACGGCCUCAAACGGGAGAAAGCAUUGCACGCCGAGAUCCCACGCGCUGCUACUGUCACCCCGGAGUUGGUACGAGAGCAAUUAAAGAUUGGCGGGACAGAUAUAUGGAAGAAUCUUGCAGUGAUGGUCGGCCUACCGUACUUGAAACGAAAGCUAGACGAGAGUCACGAGAUCGAGGCCCCUCGGGCCCUUUUAGGAGCAAACUACACGCGCAUGCCCGCGAACCCGACGCUGAAACAACGGUUUCUGCACUACUACAAGUGGUUCAUACGGAAUAUCUAUCCGAGCGUGCAUGCAGCUUACUAUUUCGCUAUCAUCGCGUUCAACCUAGCGUACUUGUUCGACAGCUCCAAGUACCACAACCCCUUCCUCUGGCUUAUUGGCACGCGUAUACGCAGGAUGAACGGGGCGGAUUUCAAGGCUAUUGAGGCUCUAGGGAAGCAUAAGGGAGCUAAUGCGGCACCUGCGGCUACUAGUAUCUUCAACCCGAGGACGAUGGGCCCAAGACUGUUGGGGAGCUUAUCACUGCUGCUACCAACGAGUAUUUUCGCGUUGAAGUUCCUCGAAUGGUGGUAUGCGUCAGAUUUCGCAAAACAACUGUCGAGGAAGGCGGCCGAGAACCUGGAAUUGCCGCCACCUAUUGUGUCUGGUUUAUCUGCGUUGGGGGUCAAAUCAUUGCAGAAGAAGGCUCAGUGUGAGGGUAAAGAGGAAGAUGAGGAACAGCUUAAGGUGCCGCGUGCGGAAGACGCGCCAAUGGCAACCCCCUCAUUACUACCUAUCUUCACUGUAUCUGCGCCUGAAGAUUCCGAGCUAUGCCCUAUCUGUGAGGACGAGAUUACGACUGCGACGGCCUGCCAGACAGGUGUCGUCUACUGCUACGUCUGCAUACAUAAGUGGCUCGAGGGCUCGCAUCCGAGGCAAGAAGAGUUCAUGGCUGACCGUGCGGGCAAGUGGGAGAGCGGGCAGGGUAGAUGUGCCGUGACAGGACGUCGGGUCCUCGGCGGCACGGAGGGUCUGAGACGUAUCAUGGUUUGAUAGAGAUUUGGGAUCUAGGUUAUAUUGCAUCUGCAUGUGGUAUUGGGUCAGGCACUGGCGUUCUGGGGUAGUAUCCAAAAAGAGCUAUGUGCUGGGAAGCAUCCGCUACACGCCAUGUGGCGUGCCUAUUCUGGAGUUGCUCAUUAAUAGCUGACUAGCUGCAGUCAUUA